AUGAACGCUUCAGCCAACGGUAACAAUGAAGUCAACGAUGGCUUCCUUCCAAGCGCGCAGACGACGCAGAACGAACAAACGGUGUACGCUCAGCCAAAUGCUACCAAUGGGCAUGACACAAACGGCCGGAUUCCCCAGUCACAGUCCUUUACUGGGUUCACGAUGCUAGGCAGUUCAGAACAAUCACCCCAGCGCCAAGGUAUGGAUCACGGUCUGGUCCAGAGCCCUGAGGGCUCGUUGAUCAGCACCAUGACGGAACCAAAGAAUUAUGCUCCUCGUACCAACGGCCAUCUAAUCACACAGGAGCCUCCACCUAAAUUCAACCUGGGUGUUGUGCCCUAUAACAAAGACAGCGUCGACAACGAACUUGGCUCUUCCGAUAAUAAUACAAACAGCCAGGAUCCCUUUGCAGCGACCGCAGCUGCGCUCGCCAACCCGCUACACAUGGCUCUGACCCCUGCUGUGAAGCGUUCGGAUAAGUUGAACGAGCUCCUCAACUGUCCUGGCGGCAGGCCAUCUUUUGACGUCGCUAUGCAUCCUGACAACUUUCCGUUCACCGAGAGCUGCCGCACCGGCAAGGCCAUCAACCAUGGCGUUGUCAAGAUUCGCAACAUUCCCUUCUCAACCAAGCGCGCCGAAGUCAUCGCCUUCCUCGGCCGCAACUCCAAAAUCCUCAACGAUGCUGAUGAGCCCGUGCACAUCAUCAUGGAGCGCGUCACAAGCAAGACAAUGGACGCCUAUGUCGAGUUCUGCACCCUUGAGGAUGCCAUGCGUGCUGUCGAGCGUCACAUCAGCAACAUCACCAACUCGCGUCCAUCACGUCUCGGGGACCGUGCGGUCGACGUAGAGCUGUCGAGCCAAGGCAGCCUCAUGAGAGAUCUCUUCCCCUUGGCGACGGGUGUCAUUUGGGACGGUGCCACUCCCGAGUUCAAGCCCUACAAUGCGCAUGAGCCAUGGGAGAACUUCAAGGGCUUCAUCACCGAGGAGGAGAUGAUUAUGCUCGUGAAGCACGUCGAGGUUCCUCAUCGUUCACCAUUCUCCAAGGAGUGCCCGCAGCGUCCUUAUGAGUGCUUGAUUAGCACACUCAAGAAGUUUCCGUGGUCGUUCAUGGAUCGUGUCACAAUCUCGCAGCGUCGCGCCCUCUUUCGCGCCACUUGCGAGUUGCUGCGCUUGCUGACUCGAUCACUGCAGAAGGGUGACGACGUUGUCAACUUGACCGUGCAGCUGUACCGUCGCCUGACCAAGGCAGCCAUGUCCUGCCCUGGCUUCACACCUUUGAUGAAGGACGACAUCGCGUGGCUGGCCAAUGUCACAGAGUCUGAUCUGCCCAAGUACAACCUCCCUCCAUUGCCAGGCACUUGGCGCCAUCAGUACGCCCUCGCGGCCAAGGUUAAUGCGCAGCCAGAUGUUAUCAAUUGGUACAUCUCCAUCAUCCGCGACCAGUCCCACAAGGACAUGAUGACCUUGUCCAUUCAAGAGCGCAACAACUUGCAAGAGAAGGCUGCCGAUACAGACAUGACCUGGGGUUACUUCUGGAACGAGCUUGGCUAUGAACGUUUCAUGGGACCUGGUUUCGACCAAAUGACCCUUGGCCAAGCUGCGUACGCCGAGCUGUCGGCUAUCGAGCGCAUUCUGUACCGCGCUCUGCCAGCAGCCAAGACCUACUAA